AUGGACGCGGGCUACCUUUCCCAGCAGGUGAAUACGAUCAUCGGCCAGCUCCACGGCCUUUUUGACGAAAUUGGUGUCUCCAACCAUGAUCGCGAAAGCCGAGAGGCGGAGCUUUUUGCUGCGCUCUCCGAGACCCUGAACAACCAGGUCAAGCAGGUGACGGUGGAGAAGAAGGGCCUGGUCGAGGAAGCGGAGCGCCUCAUCUCGCUGAUCCGCCAGAUGGAAGCAUCCCUCGAUGGGUCGAAGCGACAUAGCUACCAUACCGAGGACGAUGAUCUCCAGGUCACAUUCCCUCUCACCAGAUGCCUGGCGGGGCUGAAGGAGAAGCACACGCAAGUAAGCAAGCUUCACCGCGAGCGAUUCGAGCAAGUCAAGAAACUUGUGCAGGCUCUCGAAUCCUACUCCUCCCAUCUCGAGCCCACCUUUGUUAGGAUCGCUCUACCGCCGACGGGACCCAACCAGUCUAUCCCCGCCGCCUUCGACCUCUCCCAUACCUACGUGAACAAGCUAGACGAUGAGUUCACGCGAGUCUACGAGGAGUAUACUCGACGUGUCUCAACAGUUAAAGCUGUGUCAGAGAACAUCAUCCAGCUAUGGGCGGAGCUAGGCACGCCCCAGGCCCAGACCGACGGUGCAAUCGUCAAGUAUUACCGUGAUGCCCCCGAGCAGCUAGGCCUGCACGAGGAAGACAUAUCGCGACUUCAUAACAAGAGGGACAAGCUAGCCGAGGAGAAGAAGAACCGCGAGAGGCGCCUGAAAGACCUUAAGACGGCUGUCGAGGCUCUUUGGGACAAGCUUGGUGUCGACGAGCCGGAGCGUAAGACGUUCUUAAAUAGCAACCGGGGAUGCGGCGUUCGACAAAUCAACGAGUUCGAGGACGAACUAUCGAGGCUGACCGAGCUAAAGCGACAAAACCUACACCUGUUCGUGGAGGAUGCUCGAUGCAAACUCCAGGAGCUGUGGGACGCCUUGUACUUCUCCGAGGACGAGAUGCUCGAGUUCACUCCGGCUUUCUCUGAUGUCUACAGCGACGCGCUGCUAGAGGCCCAUGAACGAGAGAUCGCACGACUGGAAGCGCUGCAGGAACAGCGCGCGCCCACCCUAGCCUUGAUCGAGAAACAUCGCACUCUAGUUCACGAACGAGACGAGCUCGCCGCCUCAAGCCAAGACGCAUCUCGGCUCAUGAUGCGCGGGCAGAAAGGAGAGAGACGAGACCCCGGCAAGCUGCUCCGAGAGGAGAAGAUGCGAAAGCGCAUCGCCAAGGAACUUCCCAAGGUCGCCGCAGAUCUCGCCAAAAUGCUGGAGCAGUGGGAAGAUGAGUACGGCCUCCCGUUCCUCGUGCACGGUGAGAGAUAUCUAGACCUUCUCGAGCCCGACGCUCCCAAGCCGGUCCCGGGUCCGCGAUCCAAGACCCCGGCGGGCCCUCCGCCGUCGGCGAACAAGGCGUCGAAGCCGCCAUCGCACAACCGCGCCAACAGCAGCGUGAGCAAAGCCACCGGCAUGGCGGCCCGACCGGGGACCGCGAGCGGCGGCACCAUCCGGAAGACCCCCUCAUCCCUCCAGGCCUUGAAAGACGCCAAGACGAGCCCCACCAGGAUACCGGCGAGAAUGCCGCUGUCGAACCUCAAGUACGGCAACAACUCGCCCGAGAGGCCGCGGCCGGAGUCGCAGGCGCAGGGGAUCCUGCGCCCCGGCCACCCGCUCACGCGCGCGCCGCCGCCCAAGAUGCGGGACCUCGCGCCGGCGCCGGAGCUGGAGACGCCGGUGAACCCGUACCGGGGGGCGGGGCUGGGGUCGAGCGUGCACGUGCGGGCGGUGGAGCCGGAGGACGUGUACGACGACCGGGACCGGGAGUACGAGGGGGGCGCGUCGACGGCAGCGGCGCGGGCGGCGCACGCGCGGUCGUACGGACCGGGGGGCAUGCGCGGCGGGGACGAGCGGGAGCGGGCGCGGGCGCCGGCGCCGCGGCAGAUCUCGAACACGUCGACGGCGGUCAGCGGGUCCGAGAACUGGGAGACGUACGACGACGGGUCCGAGCCCGAGGCGGACGUCUCCGACACGUACUACGCCAAGGUGCGCGCCGCCCGCAGCAACAUGAAGCGCUUCUCGCCCGAGGACGCGUUCGCGCGGCCGCGCGCCGACGCCGCGGCCGCCAAGCGCCUCCGCGGCAUCCCGCCCAACCCCGCCUACGCCGCCGACGCCGAGGGCAACCGCGUCGUCUCCGGCAGCGAGUGGACCGACGAGGACGCGUACUGA